AUGCGCUCGAGACAAUGGACAAAAGGAGAAGUACUUGGAAUCACUCGUAACGGACUUGUCAAGAUGAAGGACUCUGUUCUUUUGCUUGCUUCAUUCGAAAAGACGAUGGAUCAUCUGUUCGAAGCCGCUUUCUUCUCCCAGAAGGAUGUGAUCCAUGGAGUCUCUGAGUGUAUCAUUAUGGGAACCCCAAUGACCGUCGGUACAGGAACCUUCAAACUCAUGCAAAAGUACGAGAAGAAGGCAUUGCUGAAGAAAAAUACUCCAAUAUUCGAGCGUCCAGAACUAGCCAUCACUCUUUAA